UUGGCGAGCUUUUUCUACCCCGCCAUCAUUCACUUAUGGAAUUGGAAUGUCAAUAUUUUGUCAAUACAUGUUCAAUUAUGUUGGCGGAUAUGGAUUGGCCCUUCUUUCUUAUGUACAACUCUAUUUUAUUUGUAUUUAUGGAUAAUGGUACCGGAGACAUUUUUUAUGACGUUGAGUGGUAUGCGUUACCCGUUGAACUUCAAAGAGACUUAAUGCUUGUGAUUCAUAAAAAACAGCACGGAAUUGGUCUUUCAAUUGGACCAUUUGCAACAAUUAAUAUGGAGUGCUUAGCAGUUAUUACAAACAAAAUCUAUUCUAUGGUAAUGUUUCUAAUCAACUUUUGUCAAUAAAAAGUGUCACCGAAAUACGCUAGGGGAUCGGAUCUCGAUCAGAAAAUAGCGAAUUAUUCGAUAUUUUGCGAAUUUUAUGCGAAAUGAUUUGUAAGCGAUGGGCCAGUAAAGUUGUGAUUUAAAAAACAAUUCGCAAACAAAACGCUAUGAACGUGAGACAAUUCGCAAAAUUUGUAUGUUUUGUAUGUAUCAAAUUGUGAACGCUUGUAAACGAGCCAAGUGAAUAGCGGCG